CUCCUCCCCCCAUCUCCUCAUCGCCGCCAUCGACGACGCUCCCCUCGAUCCCUCCCACCGCCGUCUCCCUCCCUCAGAUCAAGCUCCCCCACCCCUCUCCCUCCCUCCUCUCGAAGCUCCCGCGUCCCACCGCCACGCACCGUGCUCCUCUGCAGCUUCUGCAGCGACGCAGCCGCCGCUGACUACCACGCCACCUCCUCCCUUCCAGAUCGCGGCCGCCACCUCCCUCCGGCGGAGCACGCCGCCGUCCAUGGCAUCCCCCACGCCCUACUCCUCUCGCCCACCCGGCACCCUUCCUCCUCCAAGAAAGCAAAGCUGCACCCUCUCCCCUCGGAUCCAUGGCGCUGCUCAGCACCGGCGGCCGCGGGCUCUCUCCCAUCGGCGCACCCGCUAGCCUCGGCUGGGCCCCGGACGAGCAGCCGCGCGGAUGACGACCAUCACCGACACCCUCCAGAUGAUGUCGGAGGCGGCUCCCGGUGGACUGGAGCGCACAGAGUGGUCGGAGGUCGUCGCGCUCGGCGAUGUGGUGUCCAGGCAGGCCACCGUCGCUGGGAUGGUCUGGAGCGGAGACUUGCCUGGUGUGGAAACGCUCAAGGAGAACAUUGCUGCGUAUUUCAACGUCCUGCAGGGUUUCCUUUUGGCCUGCCAUGGAAGCACGGUCGGUGCCGGUCCUACGCUUCACAAGUAUAUCACUAGUUCUGCAAAAGGCGUGGUGGAUGCCAGCUUCUCGUUGUUCAAGCUUGCUGUUUCUACCUAUGCGAAGUGCGGCUGGACGACCGAGGCUGCUAUUCUGCCUUGAUGUGCACACAAAGAGUUCCUGGACCUGACUUGAAGCAAGGAUACCUGCGGCUGCAAGCCAACAAUAUCUGAAGACAGGUGCUGCUUGUCUAUGUUCUCAGCAUAGCUAUAGGCUGCCAUGUCUUUUCCACUUUCCUUUUCGCUUUCUGUAAUGCUAAUUUGACGGUCAGCCUAUAGUUAUGCGAAGAACAUCGGCAAGCAGCACCUGUCUUCAGACAUACACUGCCAUGUCUUGUUCCAUUAAUCACCUAGUGCUCCUGUUAGUGACAUUCAUCUAGUAUUUUAUUUUGCAAAGCAUGCAAUGGUUUGGAGUACUUGGUCAUGGCCUGAUGGAACCUACAUGUCGUUACUACAGCAGCUAGAAGCAAUCCAUUUUAUUAAAAGCAUUCUGGUUAGCAUUUGGUCAUGGCAUCACUUUGAUGUUCUGUUUGUUUUAAAUCUGGUUGCAAGUUUACUAUUUUACCAUAACCAUUAUCUUACGUUUUUGGCAUUGAGCAUUGGUGGAUCUCAACAGCUAUAUGAUGAAUACACAUCAUGAUAUAUACUUGAUGAAUCUGCCUGCUACAUCUCAACUUGUGUAUCUGUUUUGGUAUCUCUUCCACUGUGUAUCUAUUUUCUUGUAUGAGUGGGUAUCUCAUCUUAACUAGUUGGAGAACAAAAAGCAUGGUACUAGCUAGCUCAAUUUGUGUUAUCAUUCUAAAUAAAUGUCAUUUUCUUGAAUGGUUUGUUCAUAAUAUAUUUGCCUCAGUUUUUCUAAUUCUUCUCUCAUUCAUGUAACAGGGUGACAGAGGAAGCCAUGUUGCCGUUUUUUUGGUUCCCAGCCUUGACUAUGGCUGUCCAGCGAGUCCGGCAUGUCGUCAUUUUCUUGUAAAGCAGUAUUGUAUCACACUUGUAGAGCUCAUUACACAUGUAGAUCUUGUAAAGUACUGUAUUACACAUGGUCAUAUGUAUUGGCAACGUGAUCCGGUUGCUCUUAUUUGAA